AUGGAGGGUUGGGGUUGGAUGUGGGAGCUGGAUAUGUCAGGUAUUGCAAGUGGAUGGAUGGAAGGCACACAGGAAGCCAGGCGCCAGGCAAGCAAGAAAUGCGCCCAGCGGCUGUGGAUGGAGGGAAGCAUGGUCUGCAUGGUCUGGUGGGGCUGGCCGUUCCUGGUCCCUGUCUCGAUUGCCAAAUGGGAACAUGACAAAGCUGGUCCAAUUCUUGUUCUUGGUCAUGCAGGACCACAAGCGCCUGUUCUUCACCCUCUCAUUUCACAAGCAGAUUAUCCUGUUAUCCUGCUGGACAGGCUCCCUUUGAACUUUGUAUGCUUUAUCACUUCCAAAUUACCUUUUAGCAGUCUUGUCUUCGCUACAGCUCGCAAUACCUUCUCCUUGUUUGAACAUUCUUUGCGUCUGGACGUCGUAAGCUUUGACAGGAAGCCUAUCCCAGACUUGUCAUAG